AUGAGAAAUAGACGUGCUGCUUCUACUGAUAAAACUUCGCAAUGUGGUAAUAAUUCCGAGAUACCGCUUCCUGUUUCAGAUACUGUUAGUUCCACUAAACCUAGAGGUAGAGGUAAACGGGAUUUGGCAAGUCAAGCUCUGCAAACGAUAGAAUCAGUUGGUGCUGAUGAUGAACCAGCAGUACAAAGUAUAAAAACUAGACGUUCUGUUUCUGCUGUUCAAACAGCAGUGAGAUUUAGCAACAGGACAGAUAAGAAUAAGGAACUACGCGCCACUUUGACAACUGGUGAACGACCAAAUAAGCGGAGAAAGCUGGUAUCCAAUGAACAAUCUCCGCCCACUCCAAAGAAAGAAGUAGGAUUGCAAGAAUCUGAGCGUUCGUUUAGCGAAAGCAGAGCUGAGAGGGAAAACGAGAGUAAGGAAAAUAUUUUGAAAUUGUAUUCAAACUCUGAUGUAAGGGAAGAGUUUGAUGUAAAGGAAGAGUUUUUAGAAAAAGAAGAGUUAUUGAAUUACCAGAGAAUAAGAGAACUAAACGUAAAAGCAAAUGAGGAUUUCUUUGCCAGUCUUGGACUCGAUGAAGCCAAAGAAGCACUACAAUUGUCAGUUAAAAAGAAGAUUCAGCCAUCCCAGAGAGGAUUAAAAAUCCACAAGGAGCCAGAGACUCCUCUUCCUCGACGUUGCAGUCUGAGAAUUAGACACAAAGAUCCCAUUGGCAAACCUGUGCCAGAACCAGAAUCAGUUUUUGAGGAAGCAAGAGAGUCAAGGUUACCACCCGGGCCUGUUGCUAUGAAAGAUUGUGUCUAUUCGAAGAGUGAUGUUGGUGUAACGGAUGAUUACGUGAGGGUGUUUUCAACACUGAUAUCUCAAACAAAACCUGAGAAGAUGCAGGCACCAGUGUCUAGAAAAGUUUUUCAGUCCGCCUUGGAGAAAGUGGCAAUCACAGAGAGAAGGAUUGCGAAAGUUGUGCCUGGCCGAGUAUUUUCUCUUACAUGGCAUCCGUCGUCACACACACUUAUUUCUGUUGCUGGAGAUAAGUAUGGUCACAUCGGGUUUUGGGAUGUCACAUCAAGCAACAUCAGAGAUCAGGACACUGUGAGGGUCUUCAAACCCCACAUCAGUCCAGUUAGCGAUCUGUUUAUUCCGCCAGCGGAUCCACACAAACUGUACAGCUGUAGUUACGAUGCAACCUUGCGUCGUUGUGACUUUGAACGAGAAGUCUUUGAUGAAGUGUUUUCAGUUGCUGCCGAAAAGGAGGACCUGUUCAGAAACUUUAGUUUUAUCGAUGCUACCAGCACAAUGCUAGUGUCUCAGUUCAGCGGUAAUGUUUCCUUGGUGGACACCAGGACACCGUCGACUUCCGCAGAGCAGGUGUACCAUGUCAGUGCAAAGAGCCUUCGUACAGUCAGUGUCCACCCAACCUAUCCUCAUUACUUUAUCACGGCUGGAGUCGAUGCUAAGAUUCUCUUAUGGGAUUUACGGAGCAUCUCGUCCACAUCUGCCAAGCCGGUUCAAAAGUUAGAGCAUCACACUAAAGCUCUUUCUUGUGCCUAUUUUUCACCCACAGGUCACAAAGUACUUUCCAGUUCCUCAGAUGAUACAAUCCUCGUCUACUCUGUGGGUACGGAAUGUAAGCUUGAACUCAUCAAGCGGAUGCACCACAAUAACUUUACUGGACGUUGGUUGACCAAGUUUCAGCCAACCUGGCAUCCUACAGUCGAGGAUGUGUUUGUAUCUGGCUCCAUGUCGCGGCCGAGACAGAUCGAGGUUUUCAGUGCUGAUGGUGUUCUGCUUAAAGCUUUGAAAAAUGAGGAUCUUCUGGGAUCCGUCUGUAGCCUCAACAUGUUUCACCCCAACAGAACCUGCACAUUGGUUGGUGCCAACUCCAGCGGCAGACUCCAUGUUUUUAUGUAA